AAUGAACGCAGCCCUGGUUCCGGAUACAUAAAAGAACCAGAGUGCCUAUUUAGCAGUAUUUGAGGAGCCGAAACGUCAUACACUUAUCUACAUAGCUAGCGCCCGUGAAUAUUUCAUGUUAGAUUAUAUUUGUUGAGUUUUGCUGAACAGAAGUUUGCGUGCUCACAACGAUACUGAAAUUAGCUAGCUAGUAGUAGUGUCAACAAACUGAAAGUGACUUUACGUUACGUUAACGAGUUCAAGUAACUCUGCCCAAAAGCGCGAUGCUGGUAACCGUUUUCUGCUGCCCCAAUGACCGUUCGGAAAUCACAUUUGCACUCGAUGUCUCUCCAGAGCUUGAACUCAGAGAUUUUGUUGCUCUGUGUGAACUAGAAUCAGGAAUCCCUGCUGGUGAAAUUCAGAUCACAUAUGCAGAGCAGCCCCUAAAAGAUCUGACCUGUGCUUUAGGGACUUAUGGUCUGAAGGAUGGCGACGUGGUGGUGCUCAGACAGGUAGAAAGACGGCAACUGCCAGCACAACCAGUCUUCCCAGGUCUGCCCCGUAUUGACUUCAGUUCCAUCGCAGUCCCUGGAACCUCUUCUGGUUCCAGUCAACGGUCCACCCGUAGACAGCAGCAACAGGCCCCGACUUCACAGCAGCAGCGCCCUCCACCCCCUGCUGCACCCCCAUCCCUACUGGGCUCCACCUCCUCUCCUCAGGGUCUGGAUGACCCCGCCUUACUGCAGCAGAUGCUCUUGGCCAAUCCACAUGAACUGUCGCUGCUCAAGGAGCGCAAUCCGCCAUUGGCUGAGGCCCUGUUGAGUGGAGACCUGGAGCGUUUCAGUAAAGUGCUGUUGGAGCAGCAGCAGGAUCGAGCUCGCAGAGAGCAGGAGAGGGUCCGGCUUCUGACUGCCGACCCAUUUGACAUGGAGGCCCAGGCCAAGAUAGAAGAGGACAUCAGGCAGCACAAUGUUGAGGAGAACAUGACCAUUGCGAUGGAGGAGGCCCCAGAGAGCUUUGGCCAGGUGGUUAUGCUCUACAUCGACUGUAUAGUCAACGGGUACCAUGUGAAAGCUUUUGUUGACUCAGGGGCCCAGAUGACCAUCAUGAGUCAGGCGUGUGCUAAGCGCUGUAACAUCAUGCGCCUGGUGGACCGACGCUGGGCCGGCAUCGCUAAGGGAGUGGGCACCCAGAAGAUCAUUGGCAGAGUCCACUUGGCUCAGGUCCAGAUAGAAGGGGACUUCCUGCCUUGCUCCUUUUCCAUCUUGGAGGACCAGCCUAUGGAUAUGUUGCUUGGACUGGACAUGCUCAAGAGACAUCAGUGUUCUAUUGACCUGAAGAAGAACACGCUACUGAUCGGGACAACGGGCACUGAGACCCGCUUCCUGCCCGAGGCGGAGCUGCCAGAGUGUGCCCGACUGGCGUACGGGCCGGAGGGCCGAGAGGACGCCCAACCAGACGAGAUCGCAGACAGAGAGCUGGCGGAGGCACUUCAGAGAUCUGUUCAGGAGAGCGACACUGCAGAUGGACAAACUACCUCACCGGAAUCCCCACCAUUCCCAACGCCCAAACCCCUGAACAACAUGUCCCCUUCCCCCGGCCAUCCCCGGAGCCUUGUCCUGGACCGCUCCCAGUCUGCUCCAUCCUACAUGCGCCAGCCUGGGGCCCCAACACCAGGACAGAGCCAAACAGAGCCUGGCUUCCAGGGUCUCACCAUCCCUGGACCCUCAUCCCAGGCCCAGAACACAGCACCUACAGCCCCACAGUCUCCUCUCUCAGGCCCCAGCCCUACCAACCACACCCAGCCCCUCCUUUCCACUAUCACCACUCCCCCGGCUCUGUCCACAUGCUCCCCUCCUGCAGACAAGAUGGUGACUGGGACUCCCACCUUGGGAGGUUCAGCCAGUCAGAUCCCUUCAGCCACAGAGAUUGGGUGUGCCUCUGAGAAGGCAGGGAACAGCUCAGUGUUCCCCCACCCAGAGGAAAGCCUUACCACUCAGCCCAUGGAGCAGGAGGAGGACAUGUCAGACACCAUUACAGAUCACCGGACCUGUCUGAGUAUCCCACGUCAGCAGAGUGAAGGGGGUUCCCAAUAUCCCCACCAGCCCGUCUCUAAUCCCCCAUCACUCACACUAGAACCCUGUCCUUUUGGAUCCACCUCUACAGAGAUCAAGCCUCCCCCUGCCUCCUCCCAGAACACUGUGCCAUCAGAGAGGGACCAGCCAGAGGGGAAGCGCUGUUACUACUCAGACCAGAUCCCAUCUCUGGCCCAAGCCCUGCUGGAGCUCCAUGAGCUGCUGGUGUCUAACAGCCGUAGCCUGUCCCCUCAGGACCACAGUGCCUCCUGCUCCCCCUCACACAGACAGAAUGCUGACGGACUGGACGACAACCACAACCCCACCGUAGAGCCCCGAGUCCUGACACCUGAAAACACCACCCAACCCUCCCCCUCUACUGCCAUUACAGCUGAUGCAGAACCAUGCGAUGCCAAAGCCAACCAUCCUGCUGCUGUGUCUGACAGAGGACCUCCUCCUGACUGUGUCCUGCCAGGCUCCUCUGAGCAGAGCCUGGAGACCAGGACCGAGGCUGAACCAGGAGAGGGACACAGGGAACCAGAACCACAGUGUCCAAACAGCUCCUGGGGGGAAAGGAGGGCAGACGGGUAUGGGCUAGAUACCAGUAAACACAAAGGGACUAUGUCUGAAGCCAAAGGCCCCUCUUCACUCCAAGCAGACCUGGUGUUCAGGGAGCCCCCUGAGGGGCAGCAGGGGAGGGGUGUGGCGGACGGGAGAGCCUCUGGCAAUGACAACCCAAACACACUCAACCUCCAACCUGACAAAACACAGCAGAGCCCCCUGUCCAUGGCUGCGGGCUCACCUGGGGAGGAGUCUGGCGAUUCGCCCCACACUUCACCUCUUCCUCAGGCCCCGGACCACCCCUCCUCCUCAGCCCCUCUCUUCUCUGCUCCACGUCUCUUUACCGAUGAUCACAUCCAAAGGAUCCAGGCAGCUGGCUUCUCUGCCAGGGAGGCUGCGGAGGCACUGGAACAGGCCCAGGGCAGUGUGGAGUUGGCUCUGCUGGCACUACUGGCCCGCAAGAUCACUGUGCCCACCUAGACACUCGCAACAUUGCAUUCAUGUAAGAGUCCCAGCCUCUGGCAACAUGGGUUUGAUUUGUACUCUUGUACAGCACUCUGAGAUAUCAGCUGAUGUAAGAAGGGCUAUACAAAUACAUUUGAUUUGAUUUUGAUUUGAUGGUGACAUCUGAAUUCCCCUGGCCUCUCACAGCUACGACAUGCUGAAGGGGAAAUGCUGUCAGUCUCUUGGUUUCUCACAGACCAUACAACCAACUGUUAUUUGUUCCUGGAUUUAGCCGAUAUGAUCUGAGUUGUGUGUGUGUGCAGCAGUUGGUGGUGCCUCAGAAGAAACCUGUUUUUAUGCAUUUUAUAGAUGGGAUUUAGUAGAUUGAUUUCCCCCCCCCCGAACUCCGUAUAUACAUUGAAUUGCCCCAAUGAUUUAGGUUAAUGUUUACAGUUGUGUGUGAAAUAGCAUUUUUAUAAAGGGCUGAAGAUUAGUUCAAAUGUCAGAUUUGUGAGGAGCAUUAUUGAUGCGCCAAACAAUUAAUUGGUUAAUAAAAAAAAAUAUAUGUUUUACUCAUCUCAGAUUCUGCUAAUAAAACCCACCAGACCGUCAACUUAUUGCACUGUGGAAAUAGCUCCAUUUUAAGAAGCAGUGCUAACUGGUGAUCUUUGCCUUCUGCCAAUGUUAUCAUGUUGUAAUAUGACAUUCAGUCAAGUAAUUAUUGCCAAUCCUGGGGAACUUGAUGGUUUUAAUUUUUAAAUGGCUUGCAUGAAGAAGAAAAAAAUCAGGCAGCACUAUUUUUCAAAUUACCCUUUUAUUUUCUUCAUUCCUUUGAUUUAUAAAGGAAUGUCAAAAUACAUGAGGACAUAUUCAGCAAAGUUAUAAGCCACACAUUGAAUUUUUCAGAAAAAUGUCUGUGUGAUUGUGAAGGAUAAAGAGGUCUUUAAAUAUAACAGCAUGUGUAAUGGGGAUGUCUGGAAAUGUGUAUAAAGGGUUUUGGAGUUUCCUGUUCAGUUUACUUUGGUUUGUUUCAAGUAUCUAUCAUGCGUUAGAAUAACUCCAUCCCCCAUCAACUGGUAAUCUCUCUCACAGUCCAAGUUUACCCUAUCCAGCUGACUGAUUUAUUUGCUCAGUCAUUCAUGUAACAAUUUCAAAAUUAUAUAAUGGAAUUAUUUGGGUCAUAUUCAUAUACCAACAACAGCGAGGCAGGUUCAAUUAUUUAGUUAUCUUGUACUCCAUUUUAAACUCUCAAAUAAAGUUAAACUGGUUCUUUGUAUGUUUGGGAUAUUUCUAGGGAAUGGGUGUUAAGGAUUGUAAUUAAAGCCACGUUUUUUCUAA